AUGAAUGAUAAUCGAAUCCAACUAGCACGCGAGGGAAUCCAAAACAAGCUCAAUGAAUACGACGCUUUGAAAGUAGAAAUGGCCAAAUUCUUGGUAAUUGUGGACAAAACACUUUCAGAGAAACAAGCCAAGUUUUCCCAGGAAGCACAUAUUCACCGGCAGCAAACGAUUGAACAGAAAAGUACCAACGAAGAAUUACGAAGACAACUUGAUGCAUUAUCGCCAAAAGAAUCCUCUGUGCAACAAAAAGCAAAUGCAGUGAUGAAAAAGCUCAAAGAAAAUGAGGCGGUGGUUUACAAAGAUUGCCAGGAAACGAUCGAACUUCGUGAAAAAAGAAGCCAGAUAAAUGCCCAAAUUGAAAAAUUAAAUGAAGAAAAAGAAAGGGUGCAGGUAGAACUCGAAUCCUCAUUUGAUGCAUACGAUCAACGAAUGCAAUCGCAUCUUAAUCUGGCCUUGGUCUAUGGUUUAUUUUCUGGAAUGAGAAUUGAACCAGUAAAUGAUGACCAAAUCAAAUUAAGUUUUUUCAAUCUUGAUCCCAAUAAUCUUGAACGUAAUUUUUCUGUUGUUAUGAAUCUUGGUGGCGAAGAUUAUCAAAUUGAAGAAACAAGUCCUCAAUUACCACGAGAUUUUUUGGAAAAUGCACAGAAGGAAUUGAAUCAACACAGGCGAUUAUCUCGAUUUUUACAACAGGUUUGGAGUCAGUUUGACUCACUUGUUUCUCAGUGA